ACAAAAUAAGUAGUUCAAAGGGCAGGCUUUAUAAAAACGUACUAUUGGAUGCAAAGUACAAUUGGACUAAAGGAAAUGACUGUGAAAAGUGUGGAGAGUUUGUAGACAGAAAAUGUAACAUCACAACCUGGAGGAGAAGCUAUUAAGCAAAUCAUACACAAUUAUUACAGCACCAGAACUUAAAGAAUGAGCAUCUUCCUGGCUGCCUCUGUGCCAGUUCUGGUCUUGAUUGCUACUAUCAUUUACUGGUUGAGAGACAAACCAAAACCCAUCAAAACAUUAUGUGAUCUUUCCAAGCAAUCUGUAGAAAUCAAGAAUGAUGGAGGUGCCAGGAGAAGUGCAUUGUUGAAAGACGACAAAGUGAUAUCUCAUUUUUAUGAUGAUGUCAAAACACUCUAUGAAGCUUUCCAAAGAGGUUUACGUGUAUCAGGUAAUGGGCCUUGUCUGGGUUACCGCAAACCUAACCAGCCUUAUCAGUGGCUCUCUUACAAACAGGUGAUCGAUAGAGCUGAACAUCUUGGAUCAGGCCUUUUACAUCGUGGAUGCAAACCAUCCCCAGACCAAUACAUUGGGAUAUUCGCUCAGAAUAGACCUGAGUGGAUAAUUUCUGAGUUGGCUUGCUAUACCUACUCCAUGUCAGUGAUACCACUGUAUGAUACCCUGGGGGCUGAUGCCAUGGUAUACAUCAUUAAUAGAGCUGAACUUGCAAUUGUGAUCUGUGACAAUAUCAACAAAGUGAAGGUUUUGUUGGGAAAUUGUGAAGUGAAGCUGACACCGUCCUUAUCCACUAUUAUCCUGAUGGAUCCAUUUGAUGAUGCCUUAAAAGAACAAGGGACAAAGUGUCAUGUUGAAGUCCUCACACUGAAAGAAGUUGAGGAUCUUGGAAGGGAAAAUCUUCAAAAGCCUAUUCCACCAAAGCCUGAUGACUUGAGCAUUGUAUGCUUUACAAGUGGGACAACAGGUGACCCUAAAGGAGCCAUGUUGACUCAUGGAAAUAUUGUGGCCAAUUCUGCAGCAUUCUUUAGGAUGAUGGGGUCCAGCAUUUCCAUCAACGUUGAUGAUAUUUCGAUCUCCUACCUCCCUCUGGCACACAUGUUUGAAAGAGUGGUUCAGGCAGCACUGUACUGCAGUGGUUCCAGAGUGGGAUUCUUCCAAGGCAACAUCCAACUGUUACAAGAUGAUAUGAAGACCCUUCAGCCUACAUUCUUUCCAGUUGUGCCUAGACUACUGACUCGUGUCUACGAUAAGGUGCAAAGUUCGUUUCCACCCCCUUUUAAAAGAGGGCUGUUAAAUUUUGCACUUAGAAGCAAGCAAGCUGAACUCUCCAGAGGAAUUAUUAGAAAUGACAGCUUUUGGGAUAAACUGAUUUUCAACAAAGUUCAAGCUACCAUGGGGGGACGUGUCCGUUUGAUGGUAACAGGCGCAGCUCCCAUUUCCCCUGCAGUUCUGACCUUUCUCCGAGCAGCAUUGGGCUGUCAAAUUUUUGAAGCAUAUGGGCAAACUGAAUGCACUGCUGGAUGUACCUUCUCAAUGGCUGGAGAUUCUUCUGCUGGCCAUGUUGGACCUCCACUUCCUUGCAACAUUGUGAAAUUAGUUGAUGUUGAAGAUAUGAAUUACUUUGCUGCUAAAGGGGAAGGAGAGGUGUGCGUCAAAGGCACAAAUGUGUUCAAAGGCUACCUGAAAGACCCAGAAAAAACAUUGGAGGCUAUUGAUUCUGAUGGAUGGCUCCAUACAGGAGAUGUUGGAAAAUGGCUGCCUAAUGGAACGCUGAAAAUAAUUGACAGGAAGAAGAAUAUAUUUAAACUGGCACAGGGUGAAUAUAUUGCACCAGAAAAAAUUGAGAAUAUAUAUAUUCAGAGUGGUCUUGUUGCCCAAGUUUUUGUUGCUGGAGACAGCUUGCAGUCUUAUUUGGUGGGCAUUGUGGUUCCUGACCCAGAGGUACUUCCAAAAUUUGCUGCAGGUAAAGGAUUCGAAGGCUCUUACGAAGAGCUAUGCCAGAUUCCGGAAAUAAAGAAGGCUAUCCUAGAAGACAUGGUUAAGAUGGGCAAAGAAGCCGGACUAAAAUCAUUUGAACAGGUAAAGGACUUGUACCUGCACACGCACAUGUUCACUAUUGAAAAUGGACUCUUGACUCCAACACUGAAGGCCAAAAGAUCAGAAUUAAGCAAAUUUUUCAAAAAGCAGGUUGAUCGGCUCUACGAGAAAACACAGGGAUAGACUCCAACUAGAACAAGACAAUAAUGUGUUCCUGUCCUAACCAUGUCAUCAACUUGAAUGGAACAUUGAGAUGUAAACCAGAAUGUUUAAACCAAAUAAAAGAUUUUUCCAAA